GACAUCAGAAACCCACCUGCGUGGCGAGGCUCACAUCCAGAGAAUCACCAACAUCCAACCACCCACCAGAAGAACAGUUGCACUUGACCUCUAUCAAGUCCCAUCAGAAGCAGCAGGCUUGCCUGAAAAAGAAUAAGGAAAGGAAGUGAGACAGACGCAGCAUAUCCUUCACUUACUUGCCAGCUUCGUGACUUACCCACUCCAAUUAGACUGGGCCAGAUGAGUACCACGCCCCCAUGCAGUCCAUCUGACUCCUUCUGAAACAUGGAUCAGGCCAUCUGGAGCAAUAGCACCAGCACGAUUGCUGCUGCUAACGCGAUUGCUGAAGAAAGACGGAGUCAGGGUAGCUUUAGCACUCUUCCAUCCCAGCCCUCAAAUAUAAAAUCAGCAUUUAAACCAGUAAUAGAUGGAUCUGUGCUUAAAAAUGAUAUAAAACAAAAAUUAGCAAAGGCGCGCAGAGAAGAGAAAAAACGACAAGAUGAUGCUAAUAAAGAGACACAACUACUUGAAAAAGAAAGAAAGUCUAAGAUCCUAUAUGAAAAACAGAUGGAAGAAAAGCAGCGAAAGCUGAGGGAGCAGAAAGAAAAAGACGAACAACGGAGAAUAUCUGCAGAAAAAAAGAGAAACGAAAAGUUGCAGGAAGAAAGGGAGAAAUUCAGAGCCGUCCUUCAUCGUACACUGGAACGGAGCACCCGUGUUGAUCAUCAGAAAAGAUGGUCUUGGGAAGGCUCAACCACAAUCAACUCUCAGAAUAAAACUGCCAACAAACAUUCUAUAUCUACUGAAAAGCUUGAACAGGGAACUUCUGGAUUACAUAGACAAAUGUCAUCUGCAGGUCUUCAAAAUUCCAUUGCCAAGAAGACAACAGAAAAGAGGAGAAGCUCAUCUUUGAAUAGAAGAUGUAGUAAACUACAAUCAUCUACAGAAAUGGAACAAGUGGAAGAAAAAACACCUGGCAUCCACAAUAUAAUCCAGUAUGUAAACAUGCCCCUGCUUAGGCAUAGCAGUGAUGAAUUGAAGAGUACCACAGUGCUUCGCAAGUCAACAGGGGUGAUGCCUUCCCAGGAGAAAGUAGAAACACCCUCCAAGACAAGCGUGGAAGCAGCCCCCAAGGCAACUAUGGAAACACCCCCUGAGGCAAGCUUGGAAGUAUCCCCCAAGGUGAGCGUGGAAGCACCCCCUGAGGUGAGCACGGAAGCACCCCCUGAGGUGAGCGCGGAAGCACCCCCUGAGGUGAGCGCGGAAGCACCCCCUGAGGUGAAUGUGGAAGCACCCCCUGAAGUGAGUGCGGAAGCACCCCCUGAGGUGAGCGCGGAAGCACCCCCUGAGGUGAGCGUGGAAGCACCCCCUGAAGUGAGAGCAGAAGCACCCCCUGAAGUGAGAGCGGAAGCACCCCCUGAGGUGAACACGGAGGCACCCCCUGAGGUGAGCGCGGAAGAACCCCCUGAGGUGAGCGCGGAAGCACCCCCUGAGGUGAGCGCGGAAGAACCCCCUGAGGUGAGCGCAGAAGAACCCCCUGAGGUGAGCGCGGAAGCGCCCCCUGAGGUGAGCGCAGAAGAGCCCCCUGAGGUGAGCGCGGAAGCACCCCCUGAGGUGAGUGCGGAAGCACCCCCUGACGUGAGCGCGGAAGCACCCCCUGAGGUGAGCGCGGAAGCACCCCCUGAGGUGAGCGCGGAAGCACCCCCUGACGUGAGCACGGAAGCACCCCCUGAGGUGAGCACGGAUGCGCUCCCAGAGGCGAGCGUGGACGCGCUCCCAGAGGCGAGCAUGGAAGCACCCCACAUGAGUGUGGAAACAUCACCUGAGGCAAGCGAGGAUUUGUCCCUUGAGGCGAAUGUGAAUUCAUCCCUGGAGGUGAGCACGGACUCAUCCCCAGAGGUGAGUGUGGACCCAUCUCCUGAGGUGAGCGCGAACUCGUCCCUGGAGGUAAGCAUGGAAGCAUCAUCUGAGGCGAGUGUGGAAGCAUCCCCUGAGGCGAGUGUGGAAGCACUCCCUGAAGAGAGCACAACAGCGCCCCCUGAAGCAAAUAUGGAGGCGUCCCCCGAGGCCUCCCCUGAGGUGACCACGGAAAUGUCUUCCAAAGUGAAAGUGAAAGAUUCUCCACAGAAAUCAGAAACGGACAAACAGGCCUCAAACCCUGUUACGAAGAAGCGCCUACCACCAUCUCAGAUACCGUGUUAUAGAUGGUCAUCUUCUCCUACGAGCAGGUGGCGUCCUCCAUCUCCCAUCAGUGCUAGCAGGGAAAUCCAAAAGAAUCGCCCCCCAUCACCUUCACCUGUCACGUCGAAACAGUCAACACAAUUUUCUGUUAAAGUACUUCCUGUGCAGCGUACCGUAUUUGCACAAAAUACAUUAGGAACUAUUGGAAUGAAAAGUGAAGCCAUUUCUAACACCAUUAACAGCUCUGAGGCUGCAAGCCAAAAGGAUAUGAUCUGUGAAGAGUCUGGUAAUAAAAGCACACCAGGGCCUAUGAAUGCCAAGGAGGCAACAAAAAUUUUGGCAGAAAAACGACGCCUUGCUCGUGAACAAAAAGAAAAAGAGGAAGAAAGACUACAAAAAGAGAUGGAACAAAGGAAAAUGAAAGACAUAGCAAAGAAAGCGGAUGAAGGCCAAGAAGAUGAGUUCUCAAAAUUUGGAGAUGGGCAGCAACCAAAGGAGAUAACAAAGAAGAAAGGAAGUCAGGAACAAGAAGACCAAAAAGUAGAACUCCAGAAAAGUGAUGCCAAAAUAAAAGCUCAGGAGGAGGCUGACAAACGCAAGAAGGAGCACGAGAGAAUUAUGUUACAGAAUUUGCAGGAGAGAUUAGAAAGAAAAAAGAGAAUUGAGGAAAUUAUGAAGCGGACAAGAAAGCCAGAUUCGAAUACCUCAAAGGCUGCAGAAACAUUCAGCAGUGAUGCAUACGAGGAGGAGGAGGACGAGGCUGACGAUGAGGACGAGUCAGAAAGUGACAGCAAGUCCUUUGAUGACACACAUCCAUCAGCUUUUAUAAAUGGCACAGAUUCAUCCCCAAAACCAAAAACACAUUUUAAAAAUGUGAAGAACACUCGCAAGCUGGUGUUUUUAGAUGCGGCUUCUAGCCACAUCCGUAAAGAGACAAAAACAUUUUUAAAUUGUGACACGAAAACCUUCAGACAAAAAAGAGUGAAAGACCCUUUGAAUCAGACAAAGAGUGCCAGAUCCUCCACCAAAAGAGCAACCAACCGAGCAGCAAAAACUGCAAAGGCAGAAACCAGCAACACCGUGGAACCCUCCAAGAGUUUACAUUCAGAGGCACAGGAGUGGGUCUGUGACAAGGUUAUUGAUGUCACAAGUGACACAGAACCACCUAAGUCCAGCAUCCCUCCUGAUAGCCAAAAACACCAUCUCAAAGGUUCCACGACAUCCUGCCUAAGUCACCAGCCGCCUAUAGACAACGAGAAAACAAGCGAAUCUGUUUCUGCUCAACCAGAUAUGUAAACUUCGUCCAGCCUGGAAGAGAAUCCAUUCUCUACUCUGGAUUUUGACCUCCAGGCCCAUCUCUCAAAAUUUCUUCACCUCCUACUUGAACCUAGCAAAGAAAAUGACUUUAAAAAAAAAAGUGGGGGGGGGGACAUCAAAAUGUCCUCUUAACAUAUCUCAGAAGAUGCUCAUGUCACCUUGACUCUUGCCCACAAGCAAUGGUUCUGAGUAAAGAGUUGUUUGUUUUCCUGUGAAAAUCUUCAUUGUCUCUCAUUCUUGUGUUUUCCUGCCAACACAUUUGAGUGUGUAUCAAGGGUGUCUUAAUAAAAUGCUAAUUCUUGAGUUUCUAAGAGAAUCUUUACCAAAGGAAUAGUUUUUUCUCAGUAUAUAUUUAAAAUUUUAAAAUCCUGUUUACUUAACAAUUGCAUUAAUUUGGCAAUAAAAACUAAUUUGAUCCUGUAGAGAGCAUAAUGACUUAUUUGAGGGCCUCAAGAUUCCUCAUAAGACCUUUGUUGGAUUGGUCUUAAUAUACAAAUACAGAAGGUUGCAAAAUACUAUAUUACAUUUUACCACUAUGUACGUAUAUUUCUGAGUCUGCCAGUCCUGCACACAGCCACUGAUGCCCCCAAAUGCUGGGAGUCCUAGAAGGUGUGAUCUUUAGCAUCUUCCCUGCUUUUGUCAGUGUUUCAUUUUGAAGUAUAUAGUGCAGUUUAUCUAUAAAAACAUAUUAUUUUUAUUGUGUACAUAAGGCAGUGUUUGGCUGUGGUCUGAUGGGGUAUGUUUAAUUCCUCUAAAUGUUUACCGUGUGUAAUUUUUUUCAGCUUGUGCCCUCUAGGACUGCCCUUAAGUAUACAUUCAGGCUUGAGAUGUGGAGUCAAAACUUUGCUUGCCUUUCUCUAGCCGCUGGCUGCAAGUGAGUACAGGAGCAGUGUUAUUUUUCAGUCCCUGUGAGAGAUGGGCACAAAGACAGACGUACACAGUGUACAUGCACAUGUGUCCACAUGCUCACACGUGUACACAGGAUAUAUAUUUCCUGAAAUCUAUUGAAUCCCACUUAAACUAUCGACUGAAACUUAAAUUCAAAUUAGUUGUGCUAAUGGUAAUGAGUUUUCUGGUGAAUCACGAAUAGGUUGAAGCAGGCCUGUGUUCCUUCGUAACCACCAGUCUUGGAUUAGUCAAAGGAAGUAGUGAUUCUUUCUGAUUCCCUAGUUCUUUGCUAUUCACAGUACUGUGUCUUAGUUCUAGAUUAGAGCUUGGUGCCUUAGAUUUAUAAACUUUUUAUACUUAACCUUUUUUAUAUAAAAGGCAGAGACAAUCAUUCUAACGUGUUUCUGAUAUUUCUGCACAUAUUUCA